AUGGCAGUUCAAGCACCAUCAACUACUUACAGGUUUCAAAAGGCUUCCAUCCAACUUACAUUUGUUGUGGUAGGAGCAGGUCUUGGCGGAUUAGCUGCCAGUAUUUGCUUAAGAUUAGCAGGACACAAGGUCAUUUUAUUAGAAGCAGCCACGGCAUUGGGUGAAGUUGGAGCUGGUAUUCAAAUUCCACCACCUUCAACCAAGAUCUUGAAAACUAUUGGCGUAUUAGAUGCUAUUGAAAAAGUGUCGAUCCAUCCUCGUGAUAUCUUGAUCAAGAAAUACAAGGGUGAACUUUUGUCAACGCAAAAUUUAGUUCCCUAUGUUCUGGAAAAGUAUAAUGGGUUAUAUUUACAUAUUCAUCGAGCUGACUAUCACAAAGUUUUAGUAAAUAGAGCUGAAGAGUUGGGAGUUACGAUUCAUACCAAUUCAAGAGUUGUUGAUAUCGAUUUUAGCAAGACUACAGUUACCACCACUACUGGGAAAGAAUACACUGGUGAUGUCAUUGUUGGCUACGAUGGAGUUAGAUCUCAAACUAGGGCAUUAUUGACUGGAGAUUCGUCGGGGGCUUAUGACACUGGCGACUUGGCUUAUCGUGCCCUUAUCAAUGUGGAAGACAUGAAGAAAGUUCCUGGAUUGGAUAAAUUUUACGUCAAUCCCAACAUUAAUUUCUGGUGGGGCCCUACAAUGCAUAUUGUCAUGUACUUCUUACAAGAAGGUCAAAUUUGUAAUGUUGUUGCCUUGUGCCCUGACACCUUACCUGAAGGAAUAUUAAGGCAAGAUGUUUCACAAGACGAGUUGUUGGAUUUGGUUAAAGAUUGGGAUCAAGAUUUAACCACCGUUUUCAAAUUGAUCACUUCUAUCAGUAAAUGGAGAUUGCAAGACUCGCGUGAAUUGAAAACAUGGAUCAAUUCCGAAACUGGCAACUUUAUCAUACUAGGUGACGCAUCUCAUUCAACAUUGCCCUAUUUAGCUAGCGGUGCAUCUCAAGCCGUUGAAGAUGCUGCUGUCCUCGCAGGCUUAUUCUCCAAAAUUGAACUGCGUGAUCAAAUACCAACAAUUUUGCAAAUGACGGAAAACUUGCGUAAAUGGAGAAGUUCUCAAGUUGUGAAGGGAUCUCAUCAAUGUCAAGAUAUUUAUCAUUUACCCGAAGGUGAGUUGCAACAAAUUAGAGACUCGUAUUUGUAUGAUAAAGAGCCACAAUUGGGAUGUCCUAACCGGUUUGCUGACCCCGUUUUCCAAGAUUUCCUUUGGGGGUAUAAUGCAUUUGAUGAAGUUGAACAAGCAUGGAAGGAAUUUAAAGCUGGUGGUAAUCCAACUUAUACUUAUCCUAAUUUGUAUAAACCAAAGACUAGCGGUGGUGCCAGUGGUGGCUCGGGAAAAGAAAAAGAUGUUGCUAGUGCAGAUGCUCCUCUUGCUUCUGGGAAUGCGUCUGCUGCACCAUUGAGUGCAUCAGGUUAG